AUGUCUCAAACGUUAACUUUCGGUGACUCAUGCGCUCCGAUAACAUGCCACGCUUGGAAUAAGGAUAGAACUCAAAUAGCAUUUUCGCCAAAUAACAAUGAAGUUCAUAUUUACCAAAAAGACGGAAAUGACUGGAAGCAGACCAACAGUCUGGUUGAGCAUGAUCUUCGGGUAAUGGGUAUUGAUUGGGCUCCCAACACAAAUCGAAUUGUCACUUGCUCUGUCGAUCGUAACGCUUACGUCUGGACUCAGGCUGAUGACGGCAAGUGGACCACCACGCUUGUUCUCUUGCGUAUCAAUCGAGCAGCAACUUGUGUUAAAUGGUCGCCAAUGGAAAACAAAUUCGCCGUCGGAUCAGGAGCUAGAUUGAUUUCUAUUUGUUAUUUUGAAAAGGAGAACAACUGGUGGGUCUCUAAACAUAUCAAGAAACCAAUUCGGUCCACUGUAACAACUUUGGAUUGGCAUCCGAACAACAUACUUCUUGUUGCCGGAUCUGCUGACUUCAAGGUCAGAGUUUUCUCAGCUUAUAUCAAAGAUAUAGAAGAUCAACCCGGACCAAAUGUUUGGGGUUCAAAAUUACCCUUGGGUCAAUUACUGGCUGAGUUUCCUAACUCAGCUUCUGGUGGUGGUUGGGUGCAUAGUGUAUCAUUUUCUGCUGACGGGAAUAAAGUAGCUUGGGUGGGUCAUGACAGCUCUAUUAACGUAGCUGAUGCUACCCAAGGAAAAGCGGUGGUUAAACUCAAGACUGAAUACCUGCCAUUUUUGGGAUGCAAUUGGAUCUCUACUAAUUCCCUGCUGGUGGCAGGACAUAGUUGCAUUCCAUUGCUGUACUGCCAUGAUGGUGACGAGUUGCGCUUUGUUGCGAAGCUAGACAAUACUCAACGAAAGGAGUCUGGAGGUUUGUCAGCUAUGAAAAAGUUCCAGUCGCUGGAUCGCCAAGCUCGGAUUGAAACAAACGACACUUAUCUGGAUUCAAUCCACCAAAAUGCUAUAACAUGUAUUAGCCUUUACAAAGGAACUAAGGCCAAUGCUAAAAAGUUUAGCACUUCUGGAUUGGAUGGUCAGUUGGUCAUUUGGGAUUUGGAAUCUUUGGAAAAAUCUAUUGAAGGGCUCAAAAUCGCUUAA